AUGCUCUAUCAUAGGCUGAGAGACGUGGAAACGCCUGUCCUAUUGGUAGUAAAGGAUCAAGAGGGAUUUGUAAGUGAGCUCUAUUUAUAUAGUGUCAUUUGGAACCGAUUUUCGUGUUAAUCAUAACUAUAACAAAUUCUCAAAUCUGAUUGCCUAUCAACUGACGGUGUAAUAGAACAGUACUGCCUAAGUAAUUGGACAGUACGCGCCAUCGUGCCACACUUAAAUAGCUUUUUUUUUCACUGCUGGGCAUAAAACUAUCGGAAUUUCUUGUGUUUUAAUUUUUAAAAGCCUAAUUAAAAAUAUCACAAAUUUUGUUGUAGCUAUGAUUAAUUGGUAAAAGAACUUUGAGUCGUCCAAUUCGAUCUGUGAUGAUACUCGUGAUUUGACAAAUCGGACUACCGCGUAAAACACUGAUAUGAUUACAGAAUGAAUUGGACUCCAUUUAGUCCUAUUACCUUCAUUAAUUAAUAUACAAUAGCAUUUAGGAGUUUUUUCCAUCACUCUUUCCGAAUUUCCAAUACUUUCUCUUCCUGUUGGUCUUUUAGUACACUUCGUUCGAAUUUUUCAAAGAAAGUUAACGAUAAAAAACGUUGCAUUACACGUCAUCAUUGGAAUUUGCCGAUCGAAAUCACUUUCUCAAGCUAUAUUAUACAAGAGGAGAUUUCUCCGGAUUCAUAAAUGUGUCCGGAUUUAUUACAUUUAGCAAUAGGGUAUUCGGACUCGUAGGCGUUUACACACAUCAGCCAAUCGGAGAACAUUAAUUCGUACUGUUCACUUUAGCUUGCGGAUUCAUAUUUCUGGGCACGCGACCAAACCGGGAUGUUUUUAUUUCGAAUUCAGGCAGUCAAGCUAGCGUAGACCUAGCCUCAAGCUUUAUUCGUGUAUCCCUGACCUAUUUGACCAAAUCGCCCUCAUAUCAUUCAUCGCCUUCUUCGAACGAUUUCUGCCUCCUGCACAAAACAUACACUACAGGUAACUUUCCACAAAAGUGACAAGGUCGCAAGAGAUACAGAUAUUGUGUCCCUCCACCGCACACAUACAAGGUUAAUUUGGGGCGUCUAUAUAAUCUUUCCAGUAUCAUACAUUUUGAAAGUGAAAUCCAAUUCUUUUUGUUACCAUUUGUUUAUUAGGUGUUUGGUGUAUUUUUUCCAAUUUCUCCUCGGAUGGACGCUAGUUUCUGUAGGUUUGGAAAAUCAUAUUUCUUCACUUGUAGACCACAGUUCAAGGUAAGCUUAGCCAUAAGACCGAAAACUAAAUAUAUUGUCCAGUGUUUCAUCUGGCGGACGACCAGUUCUUUCCACCAGCGCUUUUUCUUCACCUACGCACGAGACCCUUAAGACGUUUUUUAGUUUAUCCGAGCAGUAUACAGGACACAUGUUAAUGAAUCUAGUGACCGACUUAGCUCUCAAACGGCUUUUCUCAUACAGUAAAAUGGUGGUAUAGUGUUUGAGGGCUUAGACGUUUUCCUUUUCCUAAAAGUUACUCUUUUUUCCUACAUCACUGUGAUUCUUUAAAAAACACGACAUAGUUAUUAGCCCCAUGUAAAAGAAUCCAAGACAGUCUCGGAUUCUGGAUUCCGGGUUCUUUGUCAAAGGAACUUGGAUUCCGCAUUCCAAUGGUUAGUGCCAUUCCGGUUACCUUGAGCUGUAUUAUGGAUUUCAAAAUCCAGGAUUCCAGAUUCCACCAGAUAAAAUUCUCAAAUUCCAGAUUCCAGAACCAAACAUUUUGUGGAUUCCGGAAUCUGGAUUCCCUUACCUGGGGAAAAGUUAUGUUCGUUAUCGGGACGCACGUAGUCUCACCCUAGGUUCCAGAGGAUAUUUUUUUCUCAUCGAUAUUGAUGUUUGCCGCGUCAACGAGGCGCCAAGAGAAAAAAAAAGUCCGUCUCGGGAGCCUUAUCAAACCGUUAGCACGGUUUAUUUCAUCUUGGGUAUUUUAAGAACGGACUUCUGGAGCCAGGGUAACGUAGCCUCACAAUAUCACAUGUAAUUAGAGAUACAGGUCUCUACAUUGGCUUGGUUCUUUUUGUAGAUUUAUCCAUGCCGUGGAAGAAAUUCUUACUACAUGACAGGAGAUGCAAAUGGACUUGCCUUCGGAAGCAGUGAGUAAGUGUUUUUCUUUUCACUGUUUUUAUAUUUAAUGGCACUCUUCCCUUCCGGAUGUUGACAAACAAUACGUAUACGUAUACUAUUUUGUUUAUGAAUUUAAUGAUGAUUUGUAAAUUACAUCAAUGAAAUAAAACUUAUUUUAAUCGACAAAGCAAUGAUCUUCAGUCUCUAGUUGAGUUGUGUGUUGCUCAACCGAGUCGUUCCCAGGUCACGGGUAGGAAAGAACCCUUGGAACGAGGUUGUGUGUUGAUGAGUUCAUCUCUUUUACAGCCAUUUUGAGAAAAGUGGUCGGAAAAAGUGCACGCGACAAGCCCCAAAAGGUAUUGUGGCUGGUUUUGAGUUCACUCUCCUUCAAAGAAAUUUUAAAGAAUCGCAUGAGAGGCCAUGGACGUAUGUUUGCGAGUGCUAAAGGAAAGCAACAAAAGUAGGCUCGACAGCUACAGCGUCAGGGAUCAUAUCCCAUAUUACCUUUCGGGAUUGUCGCGUCCAUAUUUUUUCGGACAACCUUUCUCGAAAUAGCUGUAUAUUAAAGGGACUGGUUCACGAUAAUGCGCAUGUGUGAGUUCUGACAGUAGCUGAUUGUUUUUCAACCAAUCGGAAGCGAGUUAGAUGCAUGCAAGUGAAUUUACAAAAUUCAAAUUAAUUGUUCGCGACGCGAGAGUAUUUCCGGGCAUUUGGUUUGAUUUUAUUUAUCCUCAUAAUUCAAGUUUAUUCUUUGUUACUCCUCAGAUAUAUGUUGCAGCCGAUAAGAAUAAGAUUAACAGCCCUGUCCUGCUUUGAAACAAACAUUUACCAACGUGUAUUUUUACGAGGUCGUACCCACACUAACAAAGCAGUCACCGAUCGGCAAACAAAUCCAGCUGCUGCACGAAGAAGCGAAACUCGUCUCGCUGCAGAUCCGCUUAGUUUCAGAGAGGAAAUUGAAGAGAAUGCAGCGCAGCGUCUACCGCCAACUACAAUCAAGAAUCUUUACCCUGUGGAAGGAAUACAAGUCAGGCGAGAGGACGAGCAAGCAGCUCCUACGGGCCUGCGCACGCCUGUAUGGUCCACGCGACAUAUAAUUCCUGUAGGUCUAACCGUGGUGUUAGACGUUGCACUCGUACAGGACCAAACGGCUCCUUUAGGAGCCACCAAAUGAAUAAAAGCAAUGACCACACGAUCAAAUAAUAUUAGAUAUAUUGGGGGCGAACUCGAUUAAAUAAGGAGGCGAAAUAAUGCAAGAUAUAUAGGGGGGCGAACUCGUCACAAAGGAGGCGUACUCGAUUGGAACGGGGCGAACUUUUGCAAGGGGCGAAACCACUUCCAUUCCAUCUUAUUACUGUUCUCUCAGUUCGCCUUAUAUAAAUCCAGAAAUACCUACAAAUAGCACCUGACCGGUGACAAAAACAUACAACGUAUGAGUAUAAAGAUUAUCCUUAAUUGAGCAUAAAUUUCAAAUGCUUAUCAGCAAAUAAACAAAUUCAUUCGCGUUGCAUCGGGUCAGUGUUCCGCAAAACAAAUGUUAUCGAGUAGCACACAUAAAGAAACUAGAUUAUAAACAGAAUACUCAGGCAAUAAUUUAUUUUAAAAACAUCAAUUCUUAAACAUAUACGAUCGUAAAGCAAAGAUACAAGGAACAUUUCAAGUGUACCAGAUCGGUGAAGAUCGCGCGGCCUGUUGCGGUAUAACUACUUGUCGGAGUCAAAAAUCAAAUCAAAGUUGAACGAACUCAUGCCUUUAACCGCUUUCCAAGUGUCGUAUAUACUUUUCGUAAGCCACACACUACUCCCAGAACCAUACCAGAUCGAUAGGCUAAGCUUCUCUAUCUCCAAAGACUCUUGAGAACGUCCUGUUGCCAGAUGGGCACGAUGCUCUUCUGAACCUCCAUGAUAAAAACCUUAUUUUUUGCGUCUUCUGAAAACGUAACCAGUCAAACGACACAACCACACGUUAAUCACCACUACCGAAGUAUGACUAGACCAGCCAAAGCGACGGAUGUCCGAAUAAAACGAAGGAUUUUCAAUGAUUGUACCGGUAAUGGCGAUUUCGAAUUUAGUGUUGACCCAACAAAUUUAUUCUGAAGAGACAAACGGCGCGCAUGCGCAUUAUCGUGAACCAGUCCCUUUAAAACCCUUCUUCGUUUGACUAUUUUCAUUUUUUUUGAGUCUAACUGCCUAAACCUCAACCCGCCUUUGUCCUUUGGGCCUUUAAGUUGGUCCAAAACUGCCCAUAUUGCUAGAUGCAGCUUUUGGAUCUGUCUUUUGAUUUUAUAACAGCUUUACAUGACUUCGAACGACUUUUAGGACCAACAGCCCGUUCUAUUAUGUUGUGUUAUGUUAGAAAAAAUAUGAUGGGUCUGUUCACGCGACGAAGUACCAAGAACGGUUUUCAAAAGUCAGAACUGGCCGACCAGAUGUCUGAGUAAUUGAAACGUGGAACAAAAGUCUUUUCUCGAAAUUUUUUCUGUAAUCAUAGGAGUGAUUAACAAAAUCGCGGGAGUCCGAUUUGUUUAAUCACGGGUAUGAUUACAGACCGAACUGGACGAUACAAAUCGAAGUUCUGUUACAAUUUUAUCAUAAUCAUUACAAUUUUCGAGAAAAACAACUGCAUUUUGUUUUUGUGAAAGAGCUUUUAAUACCAAUUAUCCAAAAUUAUGGAAAAUAUGAAAGAGACAUUGUGUAAUGUUACAAAUUCGUCCAUUUUUGCUUUGGUUAUAGGGAUAAAUUCUGCGCUUAAACGUGUCCGAUUACAGUCAACUGUCCGAUUACAACCCUACACAAUGAUUGGUGAAAAAUAUAGCAGUCAACGCACCAAUCAAAUUUGAGGAAAUUGUAACGGUUAUGAUUAAUAGUGGAAUUCUCUUUUUGAUCGUGCUGCUCUAGCCAGCCAAAACUGACGAAUAGUAAGCGCCCCUAGUAUGCUGACGCGAGGACACAAAGAACGGCUGCGUUAAAGACUAUGACGUACCUUGAUCACUAUUAAACUUUUGUCAAUUUUCAGGGGGAAAUUUGGGCUUUGGUUAGACAGUGAUCUGUAUCAUGGUAGAAGCACUGCUUGCGAAACUUAUGACAGCGAGAUGCUUUCCGCCACAGAGGAUUUCAUUUGUCUUGGCGUUGAAGUCUGGACUUUUGGCUAG